UUGUCGCGGUCAUUAUCGGUAAAUAAAUUGAAUUGAGCUGGUAACGGUCGCUUAUCUUAGCCGGGUUAUAUUUGUUAAAGAUUAGCCACUAAAGAAGAAGAGAAAGAAGGAGAAUAAUUUUUCAACGCAUCACACGUACGAGAGAUUUAUUGACGUACAUUGACGUAACGUGCAUCAAAAUGCCAAGAACCAAGCGCAACAAAGCGACGAGUAACUCGAUGAAGGAACGCGAUGCGGCGGUAAAGACCUUUGAGAAACGCACACAGCUCUCUAUCGCCAAGAUGGAACGCGAUGCAAUGGCAGAUUUAAAGACCUACGUGACUUGUAUCGAUGUUAUAAUUUCCCGCUUACCAAAAGACAUUCGUCAAAUGAAAUUGGGCGAGUUAAUAGAUAGGCAUGACCAUGACAAUGAGAAAGAAAACUUUAACGAUGAGGUAAGUUCAUCAGUCAAAGAUCUUCAUAUGCAACCACCCGCCAUUCCUAAAGUGAGAAAAGGGAAAGCUACUAAACGUACCGCUGCAUCUGACGAUGGAUAUGCGACUGGAGGUACUAGCGUAGGCAGUACAUCGCGAGUCGCUAAAGCACUGACUAAAGCAACACCAGCCAAGAGAACACGUUCAACUAGAGCAAGCAGAGCCAAACUCAGUGAAAUUAAUCAGACAAUGACACCAGCAAUGCUGAAGCCUGUAAACAAUGUAUAUAAUGUCGUUACACCAAAAGUCAAGCCUAACACACCAUUGAACGUAUUAAGGCGUCCGCGUCAAGGAGAAAUGGUUCUUAGUAUGCAAGGCAGUCCACUCUUGGUCUCUGCUGUCGUCGAGGAAAAAACUGCUAAUAUUAAUGUACCUUUGAGUAAUGGUAAUGUAAUGUCCUUAUUACCACAAGAAGGAUUGCGCAUGUCAAAUAUUCCUCCACUAGAUCCUGAGACAAUGCAUCAAUUAGAGACUCUUAAGAAUCAUAUUGAGAAAGUUAUCUCAUUGAAGUAGUAAUUACGAUGCGAUAAUAUAUUAUGA